CUCAUCAUAUGAUAUCAUAUCAAUCAAACAUCAAACAAUGGACAGAAAAGGAAGCUUUGGCUUUGGUAGUAGAGUGGUCUUCUUCUGGUUGUUUUUGGUGUUCAUUCUCUUGGCUUCUUUUUCUAAGAUGGGGAGUGUAGAGGGAAGAAUGUGUGAAUCACAGAGCCAUCAUUACGAGGGGGCAUGUGUAAUUGAUCACAACUGUGCCACUGUGUGUAGGACUGAAGGAUUCUCAGGUGGCAAAUGCAAGGGCUUUCGUCGCCGCUGUUUCUGCACCAGACAAUGCUAGUCUCUAUUCCUAGCUACCUACAUCAUCUCUUUAUCUUACUUUUCUUUUCUUCUCUUUUCCUUUUCAAACUAGUAAUGAAUGAAUGAACAAACUAAAUGUCUUUC